AUGACCUCGAACGCAGCAACGCGGCACACCUCCAAUCCCCACGACGCGCCCACAACCGGCGGCAGCAGGGCCGACGCAGAGCCUGCGGGCCGCAGCCUGCAGCAACCGGCCAGCGACGGUGCUCACGCCGGCGGACACGGCGGCGAGAGCUCCCAGCAAGCAGCCAUUGCGUCUGGCAGCGGCGCCGGCGCCGUCGUGGGGGCCCUCAUGGCCUCAAUUCGGAGCCCUGUGAGCACCGCCACAGCCGGCCUGGUCAGCGACAGCUCGGAUAUCGACAAUGGUGUCCCCGCCGGCAGCGCGCGCUCGCCAGCCGGGCAAAGCUCUGAGCGGCGGCACCACCGCCCGCGAAAGCACGAGCAGCAGGGGAAGGAGCAGCACGGGAAGGAGCAGCAGCAGGAGCAGCAGCAGCGACAGCAGCAGCAGCAGCAGCAGCACCCGCGGCAGCAGCACCACCGCCCUCGCGGCAGAGUGUACCAGGGUCGCUGCGUGGGCGCGACCGGCGGGUGGUGCGGCGGUUACCAGUCCCAGUCCCUGGUCGAUUUCAGGGCCCCUCCUAUCAUGUCCAAGCCCUGCGCCAGCGGCUGCAGCGGCGUGGGCAACUGCCGCGGAGACACCGGCACAUGCGACUGCCCGGCAGGCUGGGGCGGGCCGAGGUGCGCGGGUAUCUGCGAUGACGACAUCGGCGCUUGCUACUGCGACCCCAAGCUCGGAAACCCCAAGUAUGGGCGCAUCCCUGCGCCCGAGGGCAGCCCGCCGGGCACGCUGCCGGUGCAGGAGGGGCGGCCGCUGUUCGACCCCUGCAGCCGGCUGGCGGACGACGGGAAGGGGAACAAGCUGAAUUGGCACCACAUCACAGUGCCAUACGACAAGGUGUACGGGCCUGAGGGGUGGUGCGUGCUCAACGCCCCAAAGAUUCCGGUGUGCGGCUGCGGGCUGGAUGGCUACGGCGGCGCCGGCUGCGGCCUGCGCUCCGAGAUGGUCUGCCCCAACCAGUGCAGCGGCCGCGGCGCCUGCCGCCGCGGCUUCUGCGCGUGCGACGCCGGCUGCUGA